AUGAUGAAUGGGACACUGUUCUCUCCGCCCCACCCCUCAAUGGCCCGACAAGAGCCCAGCCCAGAAAACGACGCCGAGUGGCUUCAGUACGUAAAUACCACGAUCUUCCAGCUCAGCCGUGAGGAAGUGGUCAAGUUGGGCAAGGAUCCUGAUACCGCUGCGCGCCUGGAUCCCGAAUACUGGGGCGUGGGCGAGGACGUCUAUUAUGGCAAGUUUGAUAUCUCACAUGAAAUCCACUGCCUCGAUCAGUUGCGCCAGGCGACCUUUGCCGGCUAUCCUGGGUACCACCCCGAUGGCCAUCACGGCGGUACGCGUGACAGUCUGGAUUGGAUCCAUCUGGGUCACUGUGUCGACAUGCUGCUGCAAUUCUUGAUGUGCAAUGUCGAUACGGCCGUGUUGACCAUGUCCUACGUCGAAGACCAGGAGGGUCCUUGGCCAGAUUUUAAUAUCAACCGCCAGUGCCGAGACUACAACACGUUGGAGGAGUGGGCUAAGACUCGGGCGAUUGAUCCCUGGAAGAUGGAAAAUGCGCCGCGACCACGAGACGCGCAUCUGUGGCCUAAUCCACUGAAACAGGACAAUGUAGAUACGGAGUUGGGAUUUCCUUUGGGAGACCAUCAUCAGCAGGAGGGACAUCCGGAGCUUGUUCGGAGUGCAUAG